AUGUCGAACCACACUGCUCAGACCGGCGGCCCCAUCGGUGCCGACCGCACGACCGACCAUGCCGCCAACUUCAAGCCCGACAUCUCGACCCGCAUCGCGGACGCCGAGCAGGGCGCGCCGACCAUCGGCAACGACCACCACGAGGGCAACUCGAAGCCGACCGCGCUCGGCAAGGCCGGCGGCAAGCUCGAGGAGGUCGUCGGCAAGGCGUUCGGUGACGGCGAGCUGCAGGCCAAGGGCGCCGCGUCGCAGGGCAAGCAGCCGAGCGCCGAGCAGCAGAUGAACAGGACGUCUGAGCAGGGUGGCGACCUCAGCUACGCCGACCGCAAGUAA